AUGCACCCCUUUGCGUCCUAUGUGCUCCGCAGCUACUACAAGGAGUCUGGCUGGAAUGAGGACAAUCUCUAUGCCAACCUCACCCGCUCUUCCAAUGCACUGCUCGAUUUCAGUGUACCCAGAGGGCUGCAUUUUGGAAUAUCAAAAUCGCCCAACCCCCUCUUCAAGACCACGUACUCCAUGAACGCCCUUCCUUCCUUGAAUGGCUCUGUCGGGUACAUUUUCACAAGCUGCAACCUGGAUGUCAAGGGCUCUGGCGACGUCCGCUUCAAAGACAUGAUCGACCGCUUCAAAGUCUUUGAUCAGCCAAGAAAACCUGAGGGCAAGGCGGAAGAGUGGCUUGGCGGAGAGCGCACGGACACACGAGAUUACCUCCUUUACGGGCGAAUAUACAUCCCUACCGGCCGUUUGGAUGGUCUGUACUCUACGCGUAUUACGCCAACUCUGCAAGGCAUGAUUGCCGCUAUCUCAGACCCACGUAUGCCACUCUCGUCGGAGAAGUCCCGCGGGCCCGCGCCGGGGAGUAAUGUUAUGUUCAGCCUCCAGCACGACACCGGCAAAGUAUGCACCGAAUAUACCUGGAGCGCUGAAGACGGCAUGUGGGGCGUGCGCUCGCUCUACAACUUCGGAAGAGUUGGUCCGCACCACCCCGAUGCUACGGCCACACCUCCACCUUACUCACACGACGACGGCGACAGGCAUGGCCAUACAUCCGCGCCUGCCGGACGCCGGAAAAUCAAGCGAGUGGACGAGGAAGACGCGAUGGACGGCGGGUUGAGGGGCCGAGUGUCAAUAGGUGGAGAAUUCUAUUUCAGCGCAAAAGAAAAGAGUGCUGGAGUGUCGACUGGGAUCCGCUUCACCACCUUCCCCGACGCGACCCCGCCCUCUUUCCAGGUACCGACUUCGGCUGAAGCCGGUCCCUCAGCCGUCCGUGGCCCACCUUCACAACCUCCCACAACCAUCACCGCACUUUUCAACCCAAUGCUUGGCCAUAUUUCGGCCGCAUAUGCGGCACGCGUCUCACGAGACUUCUGCAUGGCGUCUCGCUUCGACUUCAACGUGUACAGCUAUGAGAGCGAGUGGUCCCUUGGGGCCGAAUGGUGGCAGCGGCGGGGUAUUCCCAGGGAAUCGCCGUCGUCAUCCCAAGCCGGUAAUGGGGAAGACAUGGUGCAAAUGGCCUCGUCGGGGGCUGAUCUGGCUGACGAAGUGCAAGGGGUUGUCAAAGCCAAGGUUUCGACGACCACUGACGUCUCCUUGCUAUGGGAGGGUCGUUUGCGGAAUAUUCUCGUCAGCCUUGGUGUGGUUUCCAACCUGUCUAACCGCUCAAAACCAAUCAAGUCAAUAGGUCUUGAGUUAUCGUACUUCUCCUCCGGCUAG